AAAAAAAAAGAAGUAAAUAUUAAAAAUACAUUUUUUACUCUGACAUGACAAUUGGGCCAUAGAGGACGAUGGUUAAGGUGGAGGUGAAGAUGAUGGAUUGAACAGUCAAGAAAAUGGGAGACUUGUGGCCUGAGGACCAGGAGCUGACAGCGGAGGACCUUGAGCAGAUUUUUGCAGAUGAACAGCGAUGGAUCGUUCAAUGGCCAGCAAAUGAAUCCCUGUCAUCUUCUCAGGUGGAGCGGCUCUUAGAUUCAACAGAGGACCUGCCUCAAGGAACCGUUGAAUGGCCGGCAAACGAGACCCUAUCAUGUUCUCAGGUGGAGCGUAUGUUUGCUUCUUUGGAGGACCUUGCUCAAGUUUCAAAUGAGAAUGUAAUACCGGGCCCAUCAACAAGAGCCAACGCCGAUCCUGACAUAGUCGUACAGUCAGGAAGUGGUAGGACAAGGCAGCAAGCACGGCUGUCACCUUCGCAGCCCCGCUCACAGUCACGCUCCACGCCCCGCUCCACGCCCCGCUCCAGGCGGCGCUCGCCACCAGCAUCACCGCCACGCUCACCGUCACCCUUAGCGCCACGCUCACCGCCACCCUCAACGCCACGCUCACGUCAACGUGCUUCCUCCAGCUCACGAUCCCGUAAUGUAAAUUUUAAUGAUGAAAAUCAUUUAAAUUUUGAAAUUUUAAGUGACGAAACUCGUCAAUUUGACUCCAUUUUAACUGUGCAGCAAACUGUUUCUUUAGUUUUAAAAGAUAUACCAGCGGAUGGAAACCAAAUGGAGUGGUUCCAUGAAACCUUUGAGCAGCUUAUCGAGUACCUGAUGCGACACAGCAAUGCUGGGCCUGAUGAUCGAGUUCAAUUAGAUAUAACGAGCGUCAGCAAACCAGAGAUGCCUUUAUUCAUCUCACCGCGGCUCGGUCAUCAGCUGAGUGUUGAUGUGAUCGCAUCAAGACUCGAAAAAAUUCUCAACUCCAAUGAUGAAUUUUUACUUGCAGGGCCAUUACGGGUAAAAUUUAAUGUUCUUAAAAUCCCGACAGGUAAUGGCUACAGGAUGUCCAAAAAUGUAAGUAAGACAAUGACCGCUGAACAAUGGUUCAGUAGGAAAAGGAGCAUAAUUCCUAUUUACAAUAGAGAUAAUCUUUGUCUAGCGAGAGCUUUGGUCCUUGCAGUUGCUCACUGUCAAAGGAAUGACAGUCCGGAAAUGAUGAAACAUUUCAAUAACAUUAGGAGAUCUGAGUUGCGCUCCAAGAAAAACAGCAAUCUCCAAAAAUCGGAGGCUCAAUUACUGUGUCGCCGUGCUAAAGUGAACCUGGAGAAUGGAGGUUCAAUCGACGAUGUUCUCUCAUUCCAAACAUUUUUAGUCGAUUAUACUAUAACUGUUUGGAGUGAGAGAACAGGUCGAGAGACUCUGUUUGAAGGGCCGCGCUCAACGCCUCUCUAUCCGCGCAGAAAUGUUGACCUAUAUUUUGAAGACAACCAUUACGUAGUAUUAACCAGUUUAAGCGGAGCAUUUGGCUCAAAUUUUUUUUGUAGGGAAUGUAAAGUAGGCUAUCAUAAAGUUGAAGCUCACAAAUGUGCAACUCAGUGUCCUGCCUGCAAUAGUAAAACCCAGUGCAAUCAGUCUGUUGCAAGAGUAACUUGCAGCAAAUGCAAUAGAUAUUUUUAUGGUAAAUUAUGCUACGAAAAUCAUUUUCAGAAAUACAAUAAAAAAAAAACCAUUUGUGAGGCUGUCAACCAAUGCACCAGUUGUUUUAAAGUAUUUAAUACUACGAGAAGGAAAAAACCACAUUUCUGUGGUGAAAUUUUUUGUUCUAUUUGCGGUCAACAUGUUUCGGUAGGGCAUUUAUGUUACAUGCAGCCAAUUAGGGAGCGGGUCUACAAAAAAUCUGAGAGGAAAAACGCUGAUCCGGAUCCAGACCAAGAUCAGGGUAGUCCUUCGUCUGAGCUUCUUGGUCUUGAGGGUAAAAAGAAAAUAAAAGAUAAUUUUUUGUACGUAUUUUACGAUUUAGAGGCGACACAGUGUAAGAAGACUAAUGCUGAUGAGUAUUUACACGAGCCGAACUUUUGUGUUGCUAGGCAACAUUGUAAGCAAUGUUUAGAUAACUUCGAAAUUGACGAGGAUUGCGAGAACUGCGGGAAACGUGAGAAUAUUUUUCGGGGUUAUGACUGCAUUCAUAAUUUUUUAGAAUACUUACGUUCUCUGCCGUUUGAUAAAAUCACUAUUUUAGCGCAUAACGGAAAAGGCUAUGAUUUCCAAUUUUGCAUCCGCGAGAUGGUCGUCGUACAGGGGUGGAAAAAUGUGGAAAUUAUCAAUAGUGGGUCAAAAAUUUUGACUAUUAAGUAUGGUAAUUUAAGAUGGAUUGAUAGCCUAUCAUUUCUAAGUGCCCCUCUUAGUCAAUUACCCAAAAUGAUGUCCAUUGAUAACAUUGCAAAAGGUCAUUUUCCCUACCUUUUCAAUCGUCCAGAGAAUGAUAACUACGAGGGUCCCAUACCACCGUUAUCCGAAUUUUGUCCUGAUGAUAUGUCAUCCAAAGCCCGAGAGGAAUUAAUUCAAUGGCACGAAGAAAAGGUUCGGGAAAAUUACGUUUUUAACUUGAAACAUGAGCUCGAGUUUUACUGUCGCCUUGAUGUUGAAAUUUUAUCCAAAGCAUGUCUUAAAUUCCGCCAAUUAUUUUUAGAUGAAACAGGUUUGGACCCUUACACUGGGAUAACUGUCCCCCAAAUGUGUAUGAAGACAUUCCAGAAAAAUUUUCUUAAAGAAAAUACCAUCGGUAUAGUUCCAAUACAUGGAUAUCGAAUGGUGGACAAUCAAAGUCUUGCAGCGUUGCAGUGGUUAGACUGGGUAGCAAAAGAUAAAAAUAUCAACAUCAAGCACGCCGGUAACACUCGAGAGAUGGUUCCGCCAGGUUUAAAAGUAAAAGUCGACGGGUACAGCCCGGAGCAUAGUUUGAUUUUUGAAUUUUAUGGAUGUUAUUGGCAUGGAUGCCCUAAGUGUUUUCACUCUGGGCGAAAUUUAGCUCUUCCUAGCGCCAAAGAUGAAACUAUGGAGUUACGUUACGAGAAAACUAUGACUAGGGAGCGAUCAAUUUUGAAUUACAGAGAUAACAAUGGUUCCCCUAUUUAUAAAUUAGAAACAACAUGGGAAUGCGAAUUUAACGUUUUAAAAUCCACAUGUGCUGAGGUCAAGCGUUUUUGUGUUGAAAAUAAAGCACAGUAUUUAGUCCAACCACUCAGAGCUAAAGACAGUUAUUAUGGAGGUCGGACAAACAGUUUUCACUUGCAUUGUAAAGUGGACGCUAGUAAAGGAGAAAAAAUCCAUUAUAUUGAUUAUUGUAGUUUAUAUCCUUAUGUACUUGCUAGAGGUAUUUUUCCCGUGGGUCAAGUCAAACAAGUUCUCCACGGGGAACAAAUCAAAUCGCUGGAUAUAUCAUCGUACACAGGACUGAUUAAGUGUAUUAUUUUAGCCCCGGAUUUUAUGAUUCACCCAGUUUUACCCGUUCGCUGUCACGGAAAAUUAUUUUUUCCUUUGUGUAGGACUUGCGCAGAAUUGAGUUUGCAGGAAGAUUGCACACAUCAAGCUGAGGAAAGAUGGCUUGAGGGGACAUGGGUUACAUUAGAGGUCCAAAAAGCUAUAAGUUUGGGUUAUAAGAUGAUUAAAAUUCACGAAAUCUGGGACUUUGAGACUACUCAAUUUGACGGUAAAUCAGGCGGUCUUUUUGUCGAUUACGUAAAAAAAUUCCUUAAAAUGAAGCAGCAAGCGUCAGGGUGGCCUUCGUGGGUUAAGACGGAUGCCGAUAGAGCAAAAUACUUGAGUGAGUACAAGAGAGUAGAGAAUAUAGAUUUAGAUCCAAAUAAAAUUGAAUCAAACCCAUCGCUCAGAGCUGUCAGUAAAAUUUUAUUAAACUCUUUUUACGGGAAACUAGGACAGCGCGAUAGUUUUAUCGAAACUCGAAUUUUAACUGAAAAAAGCGAAAUUGUAAAAGUGUUCACAAACCCCUCCAUAGAUGUUCAGAGUUUUCAACCUAUCGCGGAUGAUUUUAUGAUCGUAAACACGAAAGCCGUUGAGGAAUCGGUGAGACCCAGUAAGAAAACCAAUGUAAUUUUGGCUGCGUUCUGUACUGCACAGGCGCGUCUUAAACUUUAUGAGCUUUUAGAGCAAGUUCAAGGGCUUGGGGUCUAUGUUGAUACUGACUCCCUGUUCUACCUUUGCCCUCGGGACCGUGAACCAAUCAAAACCGGAGAUUACCUCGGGGAGUUGACAGAUGAAAUCAUAGGUUAUGGGGAGGGAUCUUACAUUAGCGAAUUCAUCGGAGCAGGUCCUAAGAGCUAUGCUUAUAAGGUGUGUAUCGGUGGGGAUCCGAGCAAUACUGUAACUGUGUGUAAAAUAAGAGGUUUCACUCUGAACCACAGAGCAAGUAAAAUCGUAAAUUUUGAGUCUAUUAGAAGAGCAGUCCUUGAAGAGGGCGACACUCUUACUGUUAAUAUUCCUAACAAAAUAGCAAGGAAACCGGGGUGGAAUGUUGUAACUAAGUCAGAAAAUAAAAUUUACCGUGUAGUUUACACAAAGAGACGUCGAUUGCCGGAUUCAUAUGAAACACUUCCUUUCGGGGCUAAAAAAGCGAAAUUUCAGUAAUUUGAGGAGUGAGAUUAGCCUUCAAUUCAAACGGGUAUGCAACACACACGCUCGCGGGUCAAAAUAGAGCUUUCAAUUUGACGUAUAAUAAUAGCCUUCAAUCUAAAAGGUAUGCAAUAUGGAAGUCCCACACGUGAAAAUAGAAGUAUCUACUUUUCGAAUUUAGCAAAAUGAACAAGGUAGAAAUUAAUUAAAGUCAAAAGAAACUAUGCGUAUUGGGGACUGAUCUAUGUGUCCUAUUUGUGAUGAUAUAUACUCGGCGAUUUGAUAUUAGUCAACUCAUUACAGACGCUACCAUUUAAGAUCGCAUUGCGUGUGAACCGUAAUUCAUAUUUUAUUAAGUUUUUACUGUGUUUGAUUGUACCUAAGCGUUUUAUCAGUGUAUACUUUUUUUUUACUUUUGAAUUUGUAAAAAGAAAGAAAAAAUACAGAGAAGAAUUUAUCAAAAAAGAAAA